CCCAUUUCAUUUCCCAACAGUUUUCACUACUUCCCUCAAUUUCUUCGCUACAAUUUGCUCCCUUUCAGGAACUGGCUAACCCUCAAGAAACUCUGGAGGAUACUCAAAACAAGGGGGUGGUGAUCGCCCUAUAUGACGCCUUAAAGAUACGCGACGUGGAGGCAAUCCAGAAGAUUCUUGCUCCAGAUCUUGAGUGGUGGUUCCAUGGCCCGCCGUCUCACCAGUUUUUGAUGCGCUUGCUCACCGGCACAACCGAAGAAGACUCCACCAGUUUCAUUUUCCUCCCCCACCGCAUCUCCGCCUUUGGCUCGACGGUGCUCGUUGAGGGUUUCGAUCAGACCCGUUCCAUUGCCUGGGUACACGCCUGGACUGUGACGGAUGGGAUAAUUACUCAGGUCAGAGAGUAUUUCAAUACGUCCCUGACUGUGACGCGUUUCGGGAAGACAGACCAAUCAGGUUACAGCAAUAUCACGUCACUCCAUUGCCCUUCGUUGUGGGAGAGUAGUCUCCCAAAUCGGGUAGGUAAAUCAGUCCCGGGUCUUGUUCUUGCUAUAUAAGGAUUCGGAUUCGGGUUUGAAUUAUAUUGUGCGACGAUACCUAGACGAAUAAAGUAGUGUGGGCUUUCGUUUAUUUUCUGUUUUUUGUAUGGGCUGAGGGAGCACCGUUUGAUCUAAUAUAUUCUUGGGGAUGUGAGAUUUUUAACGGUUGGGAUUGAUUAGGGAGGUUUUUAUUGUGUGUUUAUUGGUGUUGAUAAGGGACCCACGAUGAUUGGGAGACCCUUCUACUUUGAUCAUGUGUUUGUUUGGUUUACAAUAAUAAAGUUAUCGUGUGAUUGGAUUAA